AUGGGUUUUGAAUUUCAACAAGCAAAUAAAGUUUUAACUAAUUUGUUAUUGUUAGCAGAUAGUCAAACUAAUUUACCCAUAUCAUCUAAUGUAAAUUCUAUUAUUUCAUAUUUUAUUCAAUCAUUAUCUAAAAAAUCUCAAGUUGAUUCAUUAAAAGAUAAAAAGGCACGGUUAUUAUGGUUUAGGAAUUAUUUUAUUGGAGUGUUAAUAUCUAUUAUAACUAAUGUAGAUUUAACUAAAUGUAAAAUGGCUGUAAUUUGUUUAAAAGAAUUAUUAUUAUUACUAAGAUAUACUCCACGUUAUGAACAAGAUGAAGGAAUAAUUACUCUUUGGUCAACAAUUAAUAAUUUAUAUCAAAAAACACCUAAAAAUUGUGAAAAUUUACUUCAAGUUUUUAGUGGGUCAUUAAAAAAAUUAUAUAAACUUACUGGAAGUAUUGAUGGAAUGAAUAAUUUAAUGGUUAAUGUUUCAUUUGAUGCAAUGAGUAUGUGUAGAAAUUCUAUUGAAAGAAGUGCUAAAGUUCAAUAUUUUAUGACAAUUUCACGAUAUGGAAAUAUGAGAUAUACUAAUACACUUUCUAUAUUAUUACCUAUUGUAACUCCUCUUUCUUUAAUUAAUGAAGAUUUAUUAAAUACAAUGUCUCAUGAAUAUUGUGAUGGAUUAUUAUUUAUUGCUCAUCAUAAUGAAGAAUUAUCUAAAAGUAUUCAUUCAAUGCAAAUUUAUGAAAGACUUGAUGUUGAUGGUGUUUUACAAUUUAUGAAAGAAUUGGUAAAAGAAGACACAGAUAAAUAUUCAUUAUCUACAUUUAAUUUUUAUUUAUUAUUCCAUACAGCAAGUUGGAUUGGAUUAAAUUGUAAUAAUAUUAUUACCAUUACAAAUUCAAUAGAUUUAUUGAUUGAAUAUUUCUUUGUUAUAUUGAAGAAAAAUAAAAAAAAUUAUGAUUGGAUGAUACUGAUUCUUAUUAAUAAAAUAAUAUCUGUGUUUAUUACUACAAAUUCAGUUCCUUUAAAUAAUGCUUGUUUAAAAAUAAUGACUAUGAUAGUUGAAAAUCGUGUUGAUUUACUUAUAAGUAUAGAACAAUUAUUAUUUAAACAAUUUAAUGAUAAAGUAAAUAAAGAAAUAAAAUCUAGUAAAGAUAAACGAGAAUAUAUCAUUUAUUAUUCUUCUAUCCUAAGUUCAGGUAAAACACAAAAAGAAAAAAUGUGGUUAUAUGAAAUAACUCAUGAAUUUGGUAUUAAUUUAUCUUCAUUUCCUUCUUAUUUUAAAGUUGAAGGUUCAAGACAAAUUCAAGGUGUUUUAAUUGCAUUAUCUAAGAUUAUUAUAUCUUUAAUCCAAUUAGGUCCAUCUAAAAACAUUUAUCUUAUCCCUUUUUUAAAAUCAUUUCUUAAUUUUGAACCAACUCAACCUCCAAUUGUAAAACAAACAUUUAUUCAUUGUUUAUCUUCUAUUCCUUUAAAAUUAUUGUAUAGACUUAUUCCUUUAAUUCAACCAAACACUUCUUUAUCUUAUCCUACAACUAUUCUUAGAUUAUUUAAUUGCUUUUUAUCAGAUACUAAUCCACUUAUUCGUGAAUUUACAGCAAAACAUUCCCCACAAAUUCUCUCUCCAACAAUACAAUAUCUUUAUUCAUUAUCUCCACCAUCUGCAUUGGCUAAAUAUUCAAGUACAACAUUAACAACAACUGGUAUUCAAAGGGUUUCUCAAUUAAUUGCUAUUUCUUAUAUUAUCAAACAAAAUUCAUUUCCAACACUAAAUAGACAUUUUUUAAAUUCUACUUCUAUUCCAAGACUUCCAAAUCCACUUUCUAAAUAUGAAACUCCUUUACUUGCAAAUAUUCUUUCUUUUGUUCCUUAUAUCUUAUAUCAAUCAUUUGAUCGUUUACAACCAUCAAUUCAAAUCUCUGGAUUACAUGCAUUUGUUCGUUCAAUUAGAUAUUUAUGUAGAACCCCUUCAACAACAGUCACAUCAAAUUUGUUAAAUCAAACAUUUAAUUAUUUACUUGAAAUUAUCAGAGCUAUAUUAACUGUUCAUCGUCCUGAAUGUGCAAUUCCUUUUAAAUAUUCUCUUCCAAUUGAAUCACUAGCAAAAGAAAUGACUCUAAUUAAUGCUCGAAGUGAUGGAAUAGACAAUCCUGUUAUUUCACUUUCUUCUGCAUCAUUUUCAGCACUUGCUGUAUUACUUAGAAGAGUAAAACCAACUAAAGAAGUUUUUUCUUUACUUAAAUUAUUUAUUGAUGAACAUACUCUUCCUAUUCAUCUUGCUAUUAGAGAGAUUCUACGUUAUGGAUUAACUCCAUAUCAACAAACAGAACAUCCUUUAUAUGAUUCAUUAUGUCUUGAAGCUGAUGCUGUUAGAGAUUUUGAAGUCUCAAAACUUAGUCAAGAAACAUGGUCUGAAACAGCAACAAUGGUAGCAUCUGUAAUGAGACUUGUUGAUAAUGAUGCUUUAAAACAUACUGAAACAGCUGUAGUGACACGUUGUGCACUUUCAUUAAUUGUUGCUGGAAUAAAAUAUGGAAAACCAAACAAACCAUCUAAGGGGGUUUUUGGAAUUGAUAAUGAAGAAGAUUAUAUUCCAAACAAUUUUAAUGAAGUUUAUCAACAACUUCUUAAAGGAAUUGAAGAUGAUACUCUUAAACAUUCUAAAAUAACAUCCAAACCUUAUUUUAUUCCACAUUUUGGGUUAUUACCAACAUUAAAUUUAUUAUCAAUAGAGUCAUUAAAAACAAAUAAUGAAAUAUCUCAAAUGACUGCAUUUUUAGAAGAAAUUCAUUUCAUCUUAAAAAGAGGUGUUAGAAUAAAUGAUCAUUUCUUGACAUUAUUACAAUUAAUUAAUAUUGCUAAAGAAUUGUUUACUACUUUAAUCAAAUACACUCCAUCAUAUAUUGACGAUUAUUUGGAUAUGCAUAAUAUUGAAAUGUGUGCAAUGAAACUCAGUAAACAAGGUUUGACUGGUCAAAAAAUUAUUGAUUCAAUCAUUUUUGAAGUUGCAGACAAUCCACUUAGUGAUAAAGUCAUUCAUUGGUUAACUAAAAUACGAGAUUUGAAUCAUUGUUAUUCAAUUUGUUUGGAUGUACUUUCAGACAGUGUUAAAGGGGAUGGUGUGCUUCAAGAAUUAAGAGGUCAGGUGGUUGUUCCAUUAUAUUUUGCAUCUGUUCUUCAAGGACUAAUUGAUGUUGAUACUACUAUCACAAGGGAGUAUGUUCAUCGUGUAAUUGAUUUGACAGUGUCUGAUGCAUUGAUGGUUUCUCGAUGCUCAGCACCAUUAGUGAUUGUUCAUGAAGCAGAACGGUUAUUAAGAGAAACUCGACCAGAUAUUGCACGAGCAUUACGUGGAGAAACACCUACAAAUACACCAGCAUUGAAAGAAUUUAAAGGGAUAGAAGUAACAUUACAACUCCUUUCUUCAAAACAAGAAUUAUCAGAAUUGUUCUAUCAAUCAUUAUUUGAUAUUUUUCAACCAAUGCCAAUAUCAUUAAUUGAAGCCAUAACUUAUAGUUGUUUAAAAUGUGAAAAUAGAAGAUGUUUAGAAAAUAUUCUUGGAAAAGAAUUACCUCAUGACUAUGGUGAACUAUUUGAUAUUCUUUCUGAAUUAUUACCAAAGAAGACUCCAUCCAAAAGUUAUAUCACUAUUCAAACAAUUACUGACUUUUGGAAAAUACAACAUUUCUUUGAUAAACGAUUACCUGCAUUGAGAGAUUCAGCACGAAAUAAAGAUCAUAAUGGUCAACUAAUGUUAUACAUCACUAAAAAACAACCACAUAGUAUUGUUGCUUAUUUACAUCAUGAGUUUCUCUUAAAGUUCAUUCCAACUAUUCCAAAAAAUCAUAUUUUAUUUGACACUGACUUUUCUAAAAUUCUACAAGAUGAAUUAUGGGGAAAUCAAACACCUCCAGUCAAUUCAAAUAAACAAGCAUUACAAUCUCUUGUUUCAUUACAAUCAUUAUUACCAAUUUCUAAUUAUUUGAAAGAUUCAUUUAUUCAACGACUCUUAGAAGCAGAAGAAACAGAAUUAGUUUUGUCAUGUCUUCUCCACCCAUUCUAUUUUAUCACUUUUGCAUUAGACAAUCCAAUAACCCUUCAUAUAAACCAUUCAACACAUUAUGUAGAAACGCACUCAUUCCAUUUCAUGAAAGAAGAUGUUUUGAAUCAAAUUAAACUAAAAUUUAAUCAAAACCCAUUGAAAUACAUAAGGGUUCUUGUUGCUUGUCUCCCACAAUUCAAACCAAAUGAUCUUUACUCAAUUUAUCAAAUGAGUCUCAAUGUUCUUGGUGGACGAUCUGAUUCAGUUCUUGUACAAUACAUCCAGGCAUCAGUGUCUGCAAUGUUGUCAGUCUGUCCUGAAUAUUCAACACCUCCACCACAUUCUAUCAUGUCAGUUAUUGCUUUUGAACAUUCGUUAGUUUUUAUUUCACAAUCAUUAUUAUCUCCAGCAACAAGAGCAACCAUUGUUCAAGAGCUUCAUGAAGUUCUUCAAGGGGUUGUUGGAGAAGGAAGACUUGUUGAUAAAAUAGAUGGAGUAAGAAAGAAUUGGGUUGGAAAGAUCACAUUGAGGUUAUUGUGGGAUCUUAUCUGUCUUUCUACAAACAACCCAGUGUUUGAUCAAAUAUUGGUUGAAGAUGUUUUUCAAGAUGAUAACAGAAAUAAUGAAACACAACCUCUUUCAAUGAUGGAUAGAAGAGAUUCAUUACUUUCACGUUUGUUAGUUCAUUUAACUGAUUAUUAA